AGCGUCUUGAGUAUCUUGAGAAAGCAACAAAAUUAGGAAAGGAAUACUUCAAAUGUGAACUGUGUCAGAGAACUGAAUGAACUCUGGGCUCAAAACCUAGAAUCUCUUGCACUGUGGAGGCAAUAGCAGAGGUGCAUCAUCUGCGGAAGGUGUGAAAACAGUAGUGGGAAACAUCAUGGAGACAUCACCUUUGCUGCAGAAAUUUCUUGGGGUUCAACCCAGAGCUUUUGGGGCAGUGCUGGUGAUACUGGGAUUGCUUCAGUCAGCCUUGGGAGGUCUUUUUCUCACCUUCCGCUGUUCCUACACAGAUGAUGUUGGCAUUCACUUCUUCUCUGGUAUCCUAUUGGUCCUGGCUGGAAUUGUUGCCAUUAUAGCUGAUAGAUUUCCCAACAUUGGCUGGGUGAAAGCCUGUUUGAUCUUCCACAUUACUGCAGCUGUAGCUGCAGCCGUGAUCAAUUUUCUCUAUGUGAGAGACAUACUUUAUUUUUUCCCGACUUUCUGCACCUUCACUGACCGGGUCCAGCAUGGAUGCAGAGUGCUUACCCGGUUUGUGUUCUACUGCACAGCACUGCGAGGGAUUGCUUUUGCAGCUGGGACAGUGGGCUUCUGCCUUGCCAUUUCUAUAGCUGCAUUUGGUUGCCAGACGGUCUGCUAUCCGAGUUCUGAAAAUACUGCAACUGUUGUUAAUCUCAGAUUACAAGAAGGCAAAAUAGAUCCAGAGUGAAGGCCGGUCUCAGAGGUGAUGCUGAAGCAGGAGCCUGUUCCCACUUACAACACUUUAAAAUACACCGGUAUCAGUUAAAUCGAUUCAAAAUAACCCUGGUCUUAUCCCGCGUUCCGAAUCGCUUUUUUUUCUUUGUUCUCAUUUACCAAUUGAUUCGCUUU